ACUACAGGAGAGACACCACACACCUGCUCACACACCGAGACAUGUCCACUGGGGAGGCUGCAGGACUGGGACUGGGAGUCGGGGCGCUGCUGGUCUUACUGGUCCCAGUAGGGGACUGGGUCCCGGAUUGGGGGCAGGCGGGGCUGCUGGUCCGGGCUGCGGGCUGCAUCACAGCGGGACUCUGUGUCCUCCUCCUGGGCUGGCUGCACCGGAUCCUCUUCGCCCCCCUGGAGCUGCUGAGGGGGCCGGAUGAUGUGGGCUACAUAGCCGAGGGGGGUCGCUCCAAAGCCCGGGCUGCUAACGAGGUCCGGAGACGGAGGAAGACCGGAGACCUGCCCCCGGUCUACCCCAACGGCUGGUUCCGGGUCCUGGACUCUCGGCUGCUGCAGAGAGGAGAAGCUAAGAGUGUUUCUGUUCUAGGUGAGCAGGUGGCAGUGUUCCGGGGUCUGGAUGGGACGGCCUACGUGGUGGACGCCUACUGUCCUCACCUGGGGGCCAACCUGGCCGUGGGGGGACGGGUGGUGGGGAGCUGCUUGGAGUGCCCGUUUCAUGGCUGGCAGUUUCGGGGGGAAGAUGGAAAAUGUGUGAAGAUCCCCUACUCGGAAAAAGUGCCAGAGUUUGCCAGUGUGAAGAGCUGGCCCAGCUGUGAGAUCAACGGUCAGAUCCUGGUCUGGUUCCACUGUGACGGAUCAGAUCCUGAGUGGACGGUCCCGGAGCAGCCGGAGGUCACAGAUGGCCGCUGGGUCUACCGGGGCAGGACCGAACACUUCAUCAACGCUCACAUACAGGAGAUCCCUGAGAACGCAGGUGACCUGUCUCACCUGACUCAGCUCCACACUCCUCCCAUCACCAGCGGAGUGGACCUCCGCUACACAUACAGCAAGAUGUGGGAGUUCCUGCGUCAUCACUGGAAGGCUGAAUGGGCCCCAGAGUCAGAGCCCAACACUCAUUGUUCUCAGAUGUUGCUGCGCCACCAGCUGACUGUGUUUGGACUCCACUGGUCUCUGCUGGAUGUUAAUGUUGUGGUCAGACAGGUGGGCCCUGGCCUGGUGUACAUGGUGUUUGAACACAGUUUCCUGGGUCGUGGUGUGUUGUUCCAGUGUGUGACUCCAGUGGAGCCUCUGCUGCAGUGUGUGUCUCAGACCAUCUACUACCAGGCCAACGUUCCUGCUCUGGUGCCCAAGUUCCUCCUCACAGCAGAAAUCAUCCAGUUUGAGCGUGACGUGAUGAUCUGGAACAAUAAGAAGUACGUCUCCAAGGCUCUCCUGGUGAAGGAGGACUCAGCCAUCCAGAAGCACCGCCGCUGGUACAGUCAGUUCUACAGCGAGAACAGCCCGCGGCUGCAACACCAGCGGGACACGCUGGACUUCUGACCUCCUCAAAAUAUACAGGAGGAGGAGGAGGAGGAGGAGAAGAUGUCACGUCAGGGCUGACAUUAAUCAGAGGAGGGAGGCCUCUAUUGAUUUCUAUCUGUCACGUAUAACAAAUGAACGGAGGAGAGGAUGUUUGUGGAAUUAAACCUUUUUGUUAAAUCUUAUAACCUCUAAGUCUUAACCCUUUGAUGCACAACAUAUAAACACCUUCUAAUGCACAACAUGGGGCAAAAAUGACCCGCAAUGAUUAUUUCAUGCUGCUGUGUGUUUGAAUAUC